AGAGAAGGUGGAGAGCCACCGCGGGCCGAGACUUUAAAUCGCCUUCAUUUCCCCCAAAUCCUUCCUUUUCCUCUCCUCCCCCAGGCCGGCGGGGAGGCAGCUUCCACCGCCCUCCGCGCGCCCUCGCCCGGCCUCGCUCUGCCUCCGGGGACCGCCAGCAGCCCGCCUCCAAAAGUUUGAUCAUCUCUCUUUCCCCCCCUGCUUCUUCUUCCUUUUCGGUAGAAGCAGAAAAAGAGCGAGGCAGGGGCGAGCGCGGCGCCGGGACUCCUGGGACCAUGGGCCUGGCGCGGGCGCCCGCGGGGCCCCGGCCGCGCUGCCUGCCUGCUCGGGCGCCCCUGGGCGCGGGGCUGCGCUGGGGGGGGUUUCUCUUCACCUGGAUCUUAGUGUCAUUUGUCUGUCACCUGGCCUCCACCCAAGGAGCUCCUGAAGAUGUGGACGUCCUCCAGCGUCUCGGCCUCAGCUGGACAAAGGCAGGGGGUGGCCGGAGCCCCCCGCCCCCGGGGGUCAUUCCGUUCCAAUCAGGCUUCAUCUUCACGCAGCGGACCCGGCUCCAGACCCCCACAGCCGCCGUCAUUCCCGCCUCCCUGGGCACAGAGCUGGCUCUGGUGCUGAGCCUCUGCUCCCACCAGGUGAACCAUGCCUUCCUCUUCGCCGUCCGCAGCCGGAAACACAAGCUGCAGCUGGGCCUGCAGUUUCUCCCCGGCAAGACGGUCCUCCACCUGGGGCCCCGGCGCUCGGUGGCCUUUGACCUCGACGUGCAUGACGGGCGCUGGCAUCACCUAGCUCUGGAGCUCCGCGGCCGCACCGUCACCCUGGUGACGGCCUGCGGGCAGCACCGGGUGCCUGUCCCGCUGCCUUUCCACAAGGACCCAGCACUCGACCCCGAGGGCUCCUUCCUCUUUGGGAAGAUGAACCCACACGCGGUCCAGUUUGAAGGUGCCCUGUGCCAGUUCAGUAUCUACCCUGUGACGCAGGUCGCUCACAAUUACUGUACCCACCUGAGAAAGCAGUGUGGACAGGCCGACACAUACCGGCCCCAGCUGGGACCCCUCCUUCCCCGAGACCCUGGCGCAACCUUCAGCUUCCAGACCAACCUUGCCCUGCGAGGCCUGGGGAACCUGACCACUGCCGCACCAGCCCUGGGGUCGCGGCCAGCAAGCAGGGAUCCCAGGGGGACUGUGGUGCCUGCCACACCCACCAAGCCCCUAAGGACUAGCAUCACAGACCCUCACCAGCGUGCUGCAGCCAGGGGCCCAGCACGGACCCCGCUGCCACCUGCCAAGCUGUCAGCCGGUGAAGUGCUUCCUCCCGUGCCCCCAGCCUCUCGUGCCGCCUCCGCCACACCUGUCCAGCCGUUGCAGAAGAGCACGGCCACCGGGAGCCCCAGACGUCAUCCGGCUAGGCUUUCAGCCACUCCUCCUUCCACAGGCCCUGUCAAAAACCCCCGCCCCACGCAGAAGGCAGCUCGGCCUUCCUUCACAAAGUCAGCCCCCCCCACCAAGAAGCCUGUGCCAUCCACCUCCCACCCACUUCCUGCCAAAGCCUCCCGACCCUCCGUGAGGCCGAUCCAGAGGACCCCUGUAACGCCCAGACCUCCGCUACCCGACGCUCAGACCCUACUUCUGGCCACUGGAUCCUCCAAAACGCCUUUCUCCCCAGUGGGCCAGAAUGAGGCCAAGAUGAGUCGUCAUGCCAGUGAGCCAGCCACUGCCCACACCAGCACCCUCAGACCGCCUCAACCCACUGUUCUGUCCCUGUCACCUGUCCCCCGUCCUGACUCUACCGGGACCACCCCACCACCAGCCACAUCGUUGCCGCCCACCCUUGCUCCUGGCUCAGGCCCCACCAGAACCAAGAAACCCUCUGGAUCAGAAGCCACAAGGAAAGCCAGACCCAAGAGCAGCCCCCGGAAGCCCGUCCCCCUCAGACCUGGGAAGGCAGCCAGGGAUGUCCCGUUGAAUGAUCCGACAACCCGGCCCAGCCCCAGACAGUCCCGGCCCAGCCGGCCGACCACCUCGGCCCCGGCAUUUGCCCCAGCGCGAUUCCUGUCCUCCAGUCCCUGGCCUACAAGUCACAGCUAUUCAUUCUUCCACCUGGCGGGACCCACGCCUUUCCCGUUGCUGAUGGGACCUCCAGGGCCCAAGGGAGACUGCGGUUUGCCGGGUCCCCCUGGGCUGCCUGGGCUCCCUGGACCCCCUGGUGCACGGGGGCCUCGGGGUCCUCCUGGGCCUUAUGGAAACCCAGGCCUCCCCGGCCCUCCUGGAGCCAAAGGACAGAAAGGGGACCCAGGGCUCUCACCAGGAAAGGCCCACGAUGGGGCAAAGGGCGACGUGGGCUUGCCUGGGCUCUCUGGGAAUCCAGGACCUCUUGGACGAAAGGGACACAAGGGCUAUCCUGGACCGGCGGGGCACCCUGGAGAACAGGGGCAGCCAGGACCUGAGGGCAGCCCAGGGGCCAAAGGUUACCCUGGCAGGCAGGGGUUACCCGGACCGGUAGGAGACCCUGGCCCCAAAGGCAGCCGGGGCUACAUUGGACUCCCAGGGCUCUUCGGCCUGCCGGGGUCUGAUGGAGAGAGAGGCCUGCCUGGCGUUCCUGGCAAGAGGGGCAAGAUGGGUAGGCCGGGGUUUCCUGGAGACUUUGGGGAAAGAGGCCCUCCUGGACUGGAUGGAAACCCUGGAGAGCUGGGCCUGCCAGGGCCCCGAGGAGUCCCCGGCCUCAUUGGCGACAUGGGAGCACUGGGUCCGACUGGCUAUCCAGGACCCAAGGGCCUGAAGGGACUGAUGGGGAACAUGGGGGAGCCUGGACUGAAAGGUGAUAAGGGUGAACAAGGGGUUCCCGGUGUGUCAGGAGAUACCGGAUUCCAAGGAGACAAGGGGAGCCAGGGGUUGCCAGGGUUCCCAGGCGCACGGGGGAAGCCAGGGCCUCUGGGCAAAGUUGGAGACAAGGGAUCCCUUGGGUUUCCUGGGCCUCCUGGCCCCGAGGGGUUCCCCGGAGACAUCGGCCCCCCUGGGGACAACGGCCCAGAAGGCAUGAAGGGUAAGCCUGGAGCUCGAGGCCUGCCGGGACCCCGUGGGCAGCUGGGGCCCGAGGGAGAUGAGGGACCCAUGGGGCCACCCGGGGCCCCUGGCUUAGAGGGCCAGCCUGGCAGAAAGGGGUUUCCUGGUAGGCCCGGCCUGGAUGGCGUGAAGGGAGAGCCGGGUGACCCUGGACGGCCAGGGCCAGUGGGUGAGCAGGGACUGCUGGGAUUCAUUGGUCUGGUCGGGGAGCCGGGGAUCAUGGGAGAAAAGGGUGACCGGGGCAUGAUGGGACCCCCAGGCGCACCUGGACCCAAGGGAUCGAUGGGUCAUCCUGGAACUCCCGGUGCGGUUGGGACCCCUGGAGAGCCCGGACCCCGGGGUCCUCCAGGAUCUCGAGGUCCACCAGGCAUGAGGGGAGCAAAGGGACUCCGGGGCCCCCGAGGACCAGAUGGACCAGCCGGGGAGCAGGGAUCCAGGGGCCUCAAGGGCCCUUCAGGACCUCAGGGCAGACCGGGCCAGCCCGGGCAACAGGGUGCGGCCGGUGAGCGAGGGCACUCGGGAGUGCGAGGCUUCCCGGGCAUCCCGGGUCCCUCAGGCCCUCCGGGCACCAAGGGCCUCCCAGGAGAACCGGGCCCUCAGGGACCCCAGGGACCACUUGGCCCUCCUGGAGAGAUGGGACCUCAGGGGCCUCCCGGUGCAGUAGGAGAGCCGGGCCUUCCUGGGGAAGCCGGGAUGAAGGGUGACCUUGGGCCUCUGGGCACCCCUGGGGAGCAGGGCCUCAUUGGGCAGCGGGGAGAGCCGGGCCUUGAGGGUGACGGUGGCCCUGCAGGGCCCGAUGGGCUGAAGGGGGACAGAGGUGACCCCGGGCCUGAUGGUGAACGUGGUGACAAGGGUCAGGAGGGACUGAAGGGCGAGGAUGGGCCCCCCGGGCCCCCUGGCAUCACUGGCGUCCGGGGUCCUGAAGGAAAACCAGGGAGGCAAGGCGAGAAGGGCCGGACAGGAGCCAAGGGUGCCAAGGGCUACCAAGGACAGCUGGGUGAGAUGGGCGUCCCUGGAGACCCCGGACCCCCUGGCACCCCAGGCCCUAAAGGGUCCCGGGGCAGCCUGGGACCAACGGGUGCUCCGGGACGGAUGGGGGCCCAAGGAGAACCGGGACUGGCUGGUUAUGAUGGACACAAAGGCGUCAUGGGCCCCCUCGGACCUCCUGGACCAAAGGGCGAAAAGGGGGAGCAGGGCGAGGAUGGCAAGGCCGAGGGGCCCCCUGGGCCACCUGGAGAUCGGGGCCCCGUAGGCGAUCGAGGAGACCGCGGGGAGCCAGGGGACCCUGGAUACCCUGGGCAGGAGGGUGUGCAAGGCCUCCGUGGAGACCCAGGCCAGCAGGGCCUACCAGGGCAUCCAGGACCCCGGGGACGUCCAGGACCCAAAGGAUCGAAAGGGGAAGAGGGACCAAAGGGAAAGCAAGGCAAGGCAGGGGCACCUGGACGAAGGGGGAUUCAGGGCCUGCAGGGGCUGCCAGGGCCUCGGGGCGUGGUGGGGAGACAGGGCCCCGAGGGGAUGGCUGGACCAGAUGGGUUUCCUGGCCGGGAUGGUCAAGCAGGACAGCAGGGGGAGCAGGGAGAUGAUGGGGACCCUGGCCCCAUGGGCCCUGCAGGGAAGAGAGGAAACCCAGGUGUGGCCGGCUUGCCUGGAGCACAGGGGCCCCCAGGAUUCAAGGGUGAAAGUGGAUUGCCGGGGCAGCUGGGCCCGUCUGGCAAACGAGGGACAGCAGGUGGAACCGGGCUUCCUGGGAACCAGGGGGAGCCUGGAUCCAAAGGCCAGCCGGGCGACUCUGGCGAGAUGGGCUUCCCAGGAAUGGCCGGCCUCUUUGGACCCAAGGGCCCUCCUGGAGACAUCGGCUUGAAAGGCAUCCAGGGCCCUCGGGGGUCCCCCGGCUUGAUGGGAAAGGAAGGCAUCAUUGGCCCCCUCGGAAUCCUGGGACCUUCAGGACGCCCGGGUCCAAAGGGUGACAAAGGCAGCCGAGGGGACUUGGGACUGCAAGGUCCGAGGGGUCCUCCUGGUCCCAGAGGCCGGCCUGGCCCACCGGGUCCUCCAGGGAGCCCUAUCCACUUUCAGCAAGAUGACCUUGGAGCAGCUUUCCAGACGUGGAUGGACACAAAUGGCGCACUGAAAGUAGAGGGUUACAGCCAUCCAGACCGGCUGGUGCUGGACCAGGGAGGGGAGAUCUUUAAAACCUUACACUACCUCAGCAACCUCAUCCAGAGCAUUAAGACGCCCCUGGGCACCAAAGAGAACCCUGCCCGGGUCUGCCGAGACCUCAUGGACUGUGAGCAGAAGAUGGUGGACGGUACCUACUGGGUGGAUCCAAACCUUGGCUGCUCGUCCGACACCAUCGAAGUUUCCUGCAACUUCACACAUGGUGGACAAACGUGUCUCAAGCCCAUCACGGCCUCCAAGGUCGAGUUUGCUGUCAGCCGGGUCCAGAUGAAUUUUCUGCACCUGCUAAGCUCGGAAGUGACACAGCACAUCACCAUCCACUGCCUUAACAUGACCGUGUGGCAGGAGGGCACGGGGCAGACCCCAGCCAAGCAGGCUGUGCGCUUCCGGGCGUGGAACGGGCAGAUCUUUGAAGCAGGUGGUCAGUUCAGGCCAGAAGUGUCCAUGGAUGGCUGCAAGGUCCAGGAUGGCCGCUGGCAUCAGACGCUUUUCACCUUCCGGACCCAGGACCCGCAGCAGCUGCCCAUCGUCAGCGUGGACAACCUCCCUCCUGCCUCAUCAGGGAAGCAGUACCGCCUCGAAGUUGGACCUGCGUGCUUCCUCUGACCUCUGACCUCCUGGCUCCUCUAGGCCUUGAGGGGGAGGGAGGAGGAGGAGGAGGCAAAGGGAGGGUCCUUAGGGGCAGGUGGGCCCAGGAGAGACAGCUCACCUGCCCAAGGAUUCCUGGGUAGGGCCCCAGCUGUCGUCUGCCCAGUAAAAGUGGCUGGGGGGUGGCAGGGAACGGUGUAUCCUUGGGACCAACUGAUCCCAGCUCAGCCCCAAAGACCGACCAAAGAGCCAGCCAGAGCAAGCUGGGCCUGCAACCCGCCUGAGCCCUGCGGCCUGUCUCCCAGCUCUGCCCUCCCCAGCUUCCUGCCCAAAGAGCCCCACGUUCUAGCCAGCUUGAGGGGAGGGGGCGUCUCGCCAGCUGGUCCCUGCCAGGGAGCUUUGAUGUGCAAUAUUAGAGAGGAGACAUGAAAAAAAGGAGAAAAGGAAAGGAAGAAGUAUAUAUAUUUUAUUUAAACAAACACAGAGAAGGUGCAUUACUAUUUUUUCACCUGGGAAGGAGGGGAGGGAAGAAGCAGCCAGAGGGUGGGAAGCAGUGGAGGCCGAGAGGGGGCAGCGCGACCCUCGGGGCCGGAGGUGCCCACGCUAGCUACCUCCCACUGUGAAAUCGCUGGUGCUCGCUGUCUCAUAGUGUAUGUGAUUUUUUUUUUUUAAGGAAAAAAAAAAGCCUAUUUAAGAUUCUGAAGGUGCUACCAUUUUUUGCCACAGACUCUGAAGAACCGUUUUGAUGUGGGGUGUCAUGCACAUGUGGUGCUCUCCUCCAAAUGACAAAGUUUGGGGAAUUUGAACAUGUUCCGAGUAGCACCCUUGUGCUCAUCAGGUAAUCGACUAAGCAGGGGGAAGGAAAAAGGAAAAAAAAAAAAAAAAAAAAAAAAAAAAAAAAAAGCAAAGCCGAACAAAGAAAAAGAAAAAAAAAGAAAAAAAGUAAAAAAAAAAAAAACAAAAAACCCCUACCAGAAACAGAAGCAGAAAGAUUCACCUUUUUAAUUUAUGGAUUUUGAAAUGUUUGUCCUUCUAAGGCAGGGGGAGGCCUGAGCAUGAAGGAAUUUGGGCUCGGCCUGGUCACGGUCCUGGAGGGAAGAUAGGCUUAUCUUGGAAGGUGCGAUCUAAGCUGGAGAGUCAGGGGUUGCAGCCUUGACUUUGAAGAAACCAGUUUUAAGAGCGGUGUUGGGUCAGCGCUGGCCUGGAGGUGACAUAGCAACAUGGAACCAUCUCACCACACCACAUCCUCCCUCCCAGAGCUUGUCCCUGCCAAGAUGAGGCCAUCACUCUUGCUUUUCCAUUGUCAUUAAGUCCUCUAGAAACCCCGCGUCAUUAGCUCCAAGGGUAAAUGUGGGCUGAGGAGAAAGACUGACGGCAGGAAUCUCGGGGUUCCGCGUGACUGGGGGAUAGUCAGUGUAAUCUGGGCUGUCCUUUAUCAGACAACCAGUCAGCCCAGGUUGGAUUUUGAGGUUAUUUUAAGUAUGGAAUUAUUUUUAUAGAAGGGGAAGUUUUAUGUGAACGUCUGUUUGUGUCUUCUUUUUUAUUUUCUCUAAAAGUCGUGUCUCUUUGGGAAUUGGAUUUGAUUUUCAUUAUUUAAUACCUCACUCUGGCCCACCUUCCCCACCGGACACUUCCUGUAUAUGCCUCGCCCUCCCGCCCCAACCCAGACGCUCCCCACGGAAGUGCGUUCUUGUAGCAGCUUGGGCCUCAUCUCAGCCCUCGGUUUCCCCACACCGCCAGUCUCCACCUGGCCUCUGUCUCGUUCUUGGGAUUUUCUGCUGUCCUUGUUUGUGUCUGUCCACAAUGUCAGUGUGUUAAAACCCCAGUGGGUUCCGUUUCUCCUUUUUCCCUUCUGGAUUUUAAAUAAAUAUUUAAAACUGAGGCAAUGGAA